AAUCCCUAAACUCUCUCUCUCUCUCAACCUUGCUCUUCGUCAAUUUUCUCCCCUUCUCUGUGUCACAAACCGAUGAGCUUACCUCAAGCUUAUCAAAAUCCUCACCGGUUUAGAAGUCAAAGGAGCUGACCAAUUGGGUGAGUUUCGUAACAUUAGAGACUAUACUGCUUUGAACCGGGUUUACAUAGAUUCUAAUCUCAAAAUCACAAUUGAGAAGAUGGACGACGCUGCAACCGUAAACCCUGCCCCACCCUCGUCGAAUCAUCAGAUUGAAACCCUAGGCGCGGAGCUCUCCGCAAAUGCUAACAACUGCCAAACCCGUGGAGCGAGUGUAGAGGAAGAGUCUUUGGCUGUGUCAAACAAAAUAAGCAUUGAGUCAGAGACUGUAAAGGCAGCUCAUUCAAAAAAUAAACAAGAAGCCCAACCCGUGAAGCCAGACGCUUUUCUUUCUAAUCUCAGUGCCAAGGCACAAGGUGUAAGCUCUAGUAGCCUUCUUAAUCCAGAGCUCGAUAGUGUUGAAGGCCCAUCGGAAACGCAGAUGGGAAUCUCUGGAAACUUUCUUGAAAAGACUGGUGGAGCUGGAGCAGUGUCAUCUAGUUCAGUAGCCGUGUCUUCUGAUUCUGUUAUUGUCAGUAUGGAUUUGGGGAAAAAUAGUCUUUUGCAGACUAGUCUUGAUUCUAAUGAAGUGAGCAGGAAUGCGUCUGAGACCGUAUGUGCGUCGCACGAUGUUAGUAUUGCCCAUAAUAGCAAAAAUGUGCCUUCAUUGGCUCAGGUUACGGAGGAUUCUGACAGUUCGUCUAGAUUAUCAGGUGGUCAUGGUAGAAAUGAUAAAGUUGCGAAUGACAGUAUGACGACUGCUCAUGCUGAGAAUGAAGGUAAGGGACAUUUAAACACAGAGAAGAGAGUGAAACGGAGAAAAAAACGCAGGUCUUCUAGAUCAAUGACCAUAUCCCAGCGCCUUGGAGCUAUCGACAAAACAACGGCUGAUAUUGACCUUGGUAUUUUGGAUGCCUUGGAGGUCGCUACCAAAGUCGCACAGGAAGUGGCAAGAGACGUGGACUCCGGGGAAGCUUCUCACAGUUCUUCAGAAGAACUAUCUGAUGAAAGUGGGGAGUCUGAUUCGCAACACUCCCAUAAUGAUGAUCUACACACAGGUUCUCCAUCUAAAAGAUUAUCAGUGGGUGAAAGUCAUUCCUUUAAGGAACCGCAUGUUGGAGAUGACGAUGUAAUGGAUGAGAAGAACAAUAAACGUGAGAAUGGGAUGCUGACCGCUGAUGAUGUUAAAGAGAAGAACCUGGUAGAACCUGCUAAAUCUGAGUUAGGGAGAGAGAAAAGCCCAUGUGGCUUUGACCUCAAUGAAGAUAUUUGUCCUGAUGAGCCCGAUGACAUUAUGUCUGUUUCACAUUCUGGUAUGCCUGUAGCGGCGCCGUUGCAAUUGGAAAGAUCUCUUAGUGCGAAAGGGCUGGCUGCUUGUAGUGUAUCUCACUCAGAAUCACCUCACAAAGUUCCUAGCGGGGAUUCAAGAGAAAAGCAGGUGAUAUGUGUCGAUCUGAAUGUAGCUGAUGUAGGAGAUGAUCAAGUUGAAGAUCAAACUCCCUGGAAACAGUUUCCUUUCUCCUCAUCAAACUCUAGGGGUGUAGAGUCCUCACAUGAAGCUAAUUUUCGAGGAGCAAGCAGGUUCAACCUGGAUUUGAAUUGUACAAACGAGGACGAUGACAUUCCUCCACCUUCUGAGUUGAAGAUGGAAACGAGAUUGUUUCUAAGUCACAAUGGGCAGCAAAGCGCGUCACCUUCAGUUUCUCAGCAAUCAGGGAAGGAAGUAAACUUCGACUUGAAUGACAGGCCACAGUUUUUCAUCGAUUCACGUGAUCAGGGUCCCUACUAUGGGCAGCAGCCAUGGAGCACAGCCUCCUAUGGAGGGCACAAAUUGGAUGAACCGGUUAUCUCUCUAUUUGGUACAAAAGUGGACGUUGACAGAAAAGAGACUGUUUCCCAGAUGGUUUCGUUCCUGUCCAAUGGUAAGUCCCUCGAGCCAGCGGCGGGAUUAUACAUGGGAAAAACAGGAAACUCUUUAUCCACUGGUGUUUCCUUUUCUCCAGCUCCUAUAUAUGGGUACAACGGAUUUACUGGUCCUCCUGGGAUGUCAAUGUCAUCAUCGCCUAUGUAUGUUCCUGGAACAGCUAUUCCAUACAUGGUGGACGCAAGGGGUACGCCAGUGAUGAUGCCUCAAAUGAUGGGAUCGGCUCCAUAUGCACAGCCACCUUUCCCUCAACAGCACAUGUUCAUGAGCUUGUCGGGUGGAUCUCCUAGUCUGAAUGGAUCAGUGCAGCCACGCUUUGAUCAAAGUUAUGGGUUUGGGGUUGAGAUGGGAAACAGAGAGUCGCUAAGCUUGAGGCAGUUUCUAUCACCUGGACAAAGCGAGGCUAUGGGAGAGCAUUCAGGAGCAAAUGUAGAGCCUUCAUCGAGUUUAUCUAUUAGCAUUGGUGGAAAGCGAAAAGAGCCGGAGACACGUUGGGAGUUCCCUCCACCAUGGAGAUGAGUGAUUCACAGAAAGUGGAGAUUGGGUUCUUAAUAGGUGUAUGGAUUGGUUGAUUGGUUAGAGAAUAACAGAAGUGUUGGGAGGUAACUUAUAAUGUCUUGAUGAAGUUUCUUCUUUUUUUUCCCAUCAAUUUUCCCCGUUUAUUCAGGUUUUUAUUUCGUAACAUAUAUAGGAGGAUUAAUUCAAACAUUGGUAUAUGUCAAGCGUCUUCUUAACCUUGUUUUGUAUUUUCUCCAUAAAAUAAAACUAUAGUUUUACGUUUCAAAAGUUAAGAAAACGUGUUGCUUUGUGUUACUCUAGCAGUUCUGAACUGUUUCAUACAACUCUUAAACCAACCAAACAGUGGUGGUUCCUAGAAACAGAGCUUGAGCUGUUGUUUGUGGUUCCUAGAAACAGAUUUUCAGCUGUUGUAGAAUAAGUUCAUGUCCUCUUGUUUCUCACGCACCUUCAUGUCUGAGCAAAACAAUACUUAGAGAAUAUCUAGCAGUUCAAAUUAUAUGCAUAAUCAGACCAAUAUCAAAGCAGCUAAACGUAACCGUGGGGGAAGUAGAAAAGCACCCAGAAACUCAUUCUUAGCCUUGGAAGUCAGACGCAAUAAAGAAGUAUAUAAAGCUUCUCAGGAAUUCUGCAAACCUUGAAAAGCUAAGACAAGCAAGGGAAGCUAUGAGUGCCGUGUUUCCAUUAAGUCCUUCUCUGUGGCUA